UUCGGCAAUUGCCUGCCACGCAGUAAAUCGCUGGCCAUAGAUUCUCUCUCUCUCUCAAAGCUUUCUUUUUGUUUUAAAUUUUGUUUUUCUUUAUUUCUCCGCAUUUAGAAACUGAAACAACAUUUCAAAAGGCCAAAAGGAGAGAAAAAAAAAAAACAAAGACAGCGGAGAAGAGGGGAAGGAGAAAUAGUGCUAGAUCGCGAGCCCUAGAACUACCAAGAAGGGUUUGCAGUUCCAAAAUAACACAAGAGUUUCUCCUCUUUCUUUUUUUCUCGAGAAAAUUUCCCCUCGUUUUUUUUUUUUUGGCUGAGGUACGGGCGUGGAGUUUUUUGCCGAUCCAAAAUAACACACGAGUUUCUCCUCUUUGUUUAUUCUCUCGAGAAAAUUUCCCCUCAAUUGAUUCUUUUUGGUUGAGUUGGAGCAUGCAUCAGCUGUUUUUCUAAAAAGCUUACAGUUUGCUAAAGAGGGAAUUUGAGCGGAUAAUAGUUCUUUUUAAUUAAAAAAAUCAUGGUUGCAACUGCCGCAACAUCCGCAUUCUUUUCAGUCAUUUCUCCCUCAGCCUCCUCUGACUCGAAAAACAAGAAGCUUGGAAGUGGAUCUACUAACCUUGGAGAUAUCAAGUCGAAACUGUCUGCAUCUUCUAGAAGUUUGCAAGUCAAGGCAAAUGCUCAAGCCCCUCCAAAAAUAAAUGGUACUGCAGUUACAGCUCCAGUGGAAGGUUUCAAGAAAGAAGAUGUUGUGAUUUCCCCUCCUCCCAGGACGUUUAUCAAUCAGUUGCCUGAUUGGAGCAUGCUUCUUGCUGCUAUCACAACCAUUUUCCUGGCUGCUGAGAAGCAGUGGAUGAUGCUUGAUUGGAAGCCGAGGCGAUCUGACAUGCUCAUUGAUCCAUUUGGUAUAGGGAGGAUUGUUCAGGAUGGUCUUGUUUUCCGUCAGAACUUCUCGAUUAGGUCUUAUGAGAUAGGUGCUGAUCGUACAGCAUCCAUAGAGACGCUAAUGAAUCAUUUACAGGAAACGGCUAUUAAUCAUUGUAGAGGUGCUGGACUGCUUGGAGAUGGUUUUGGUGUAACUCCUGAGAUGUGCAAGAAGAACCUAAUAUGGGUGGUCACUCGGAUGCAAGUUGUGGUUGAUCGCUAUCCUACUUGGGGUGAUAUUGUUCAAGUAGACACUUGGGUCAGUGCAUCAGGAAAGAAUGGCAUGCGAAGAGAUUGGCUUGUCAGCGAUAGUAAAACUGGUGAAAUUUUAACAAGAGCCUCAAGUGUGUGGGUGAUGAUGAAUAAACUGACUAGAAGGUUAUCUAAAAUUCCAGAAGAGGUCCGAGGAGAAAUAGAACCUUAUUUUAUGAAUUCUGAUCCUGUAGUUGCUGAGGAUAGCCGGAAAUUAGUGAAACUUGAUGACAGUGUGGCAGAAUAUGUCCAUAAAGGUUUAACUCCCAGAUGGAGUGACUUGGAUGUCAACCAGCAUGUCAAUAAUGUGAAGUACAUUGGCUGGAUCCUUGAGAGUGCUCCAUUGCCAAUCUUGGAGACUCACGAGCUUUCUUCCAUGACACUGGAGUAUAGGAGGGAGUGUGGGAGGGACAGUGUGCUGCAGUCACUAACCGCUGUCUCUGACUAUGGUGCGGGGAACUUGGAGAAUUUUGGUGAAAUUGAAUGCCAGCACUUGCUCCGACUUGAGGAAGGGCCUGAGAUUCUAAGAGGGAGGACCCAGUGGAGGCCUAAGUAUGCCAAAAGUUUUGGUAAUGCGGGUCAAAUUCCUGCAGAAAGUGCCUAGAAAUGCAAGUUUCUGAACUGUGGCUGGAGGGGCAGUAGUCUUAUUGCCGUGUGUCACAAUGCUUUGAGUAGAUUCUAUAUCUCGUGUUCUUCCCACUUAUAUAUGUUUCUUCUUUUUAUGUGUAUAUAUAUAUAUAUAUAUUCAUCUUCCUUGAGAGAAAGAACAGGUCGUAAGCUUCACUGUAAUUAGCUCUUGUUUUAUUCUGUGUCUAAUUUAUCCGCCAGCCUGCUCAGCCCAGCUGGCUAUUGCCAUGAA